CCCGGUGCCGCGCCUGCUCUCGCCCGGACCCCCUUUUGACAUGGCGCCGCUUCCCCACGCUGAGACGCGGGAACCCCCGUCGUGCGAGGCCGACAGUCUCCGCUCGGACUCUCCCUUGACUGCCCCCUGCAGCUGCUUCCCCGUCGCGAAGCGGCUCCGACCAGACCAGCUGGAAGGUGGAGCGCUCGUCGAAGUUCAGAUCUCCGACCGACUCCACCUGCCGCUCUCGUCUGCCUUUCUCGCGCCCAAGAGUCUCGAGGUAGAGAGCGACGGCGGGCCCCCCGCGGAGCCCUUCGCGGCUCUCUCGGGUAUGCAGACUCCUCGCGGGGAAUCGCCGCGCGACCGCGCCGUCCCGCAGCGCCGGCCGAGCUGGAGCAGCUUCAAGCGCCCAGCGGAGGACGUUUCGGACCUUCUGUGCAAGAAGAGCGCGAGUCUGCUGUCCCCGAGUGUCUCCUCGUCUCCGGUUCUGGGCGCGUCACAGCCUCAGAGCCUCAGCGCCUCAACUUCCCGCGCACAAUCCCGUCUGAGCUCUCCCGCUCUGUCUCCGGAGGAGGGUGGGAGUCUCUGGGCGUCGCCGCGAUGCCCGCCUUCUCUGUUGCGGGGCAAGCGGAAUCGGACGAGCUUUCUCUCCGGAGAGGCGCAUGCACUCCCUCAGAACGUCGAGACUGUCCCCGACCUCUCCGACUCCAAACUCUCUCACCUCACUGCGCUGCCAGGGCGUCGGGACCCCUCGGAUCCGAGCGGCUCGCAGUGGUACUUCCUAGACGCAGCUCUCGGGCGCGACGGCGCUCUGCCCUGCCCCCGGGAGGAGGCUGGAUGCGUGUCGAGCCCGGAGCUCUGCGUCUCGCCGGGAGAGGCUGAGCAGGAGAACAAGCUCGUGGACGAGGAAGUGGGGAGCGUCGCUGCAGCGAAGGCCGUCGGAGCGUCCUCCCCAACGCCAUCCCUCUCGCAAACGACGUCGCACGGGGGCGAGGACGAGACGCUGUUGCCGGCGCCCAUGUUGUCUCUCCUCCACCAGGCGCCGAGUCCCUGCCGCGGAGCCGCGGGCUCUCUCUCGCCGUGUCUCCAGUGCUGUGAGUCUCCGCCGUCGCGGAAGCGGAUUUUUUCGCGAGACCCAUGUUUGUCGCUCUCGCUCCUCUCACCUUCGUCUGAGAAUUUCUCCUCGCCGCCUGCGCUGUUUGCCAGUGGGGACCGUUCGCGCUCCUGGGUCGCGAAGAAGUCGCCCUCCUUCUUCGCCCCUUCUCCAUGGGGCUCUCCCAGCACGGGCCUUCUGGCGACGCCCGCGAGCAAGGAGCUGCAGCAGGACCUGCGCCAGCCACUCCUCAGGUGCACAUGCAGCGUCGCGAGCACUGCCGCGCCUUCUCCUCAAUUCGGCAGCCAACACAGCGAAUUUUCUGUGAGUUCCGCGGGCUUCUAUCCCGCCAGUCCACUCGCGGGUCGCCCCGACUCCCAGAGUCUCCCCUCAGUGGACUGGUCUCCCUGUCUCUCCUCUCAGGACGAACUCGGGAACGACCCCACAGGCGAGGCGACAGCCGGUCUCGCGACCGAGGGCCCACCCUGCCCCAUAAACGGAGACUGUCUCUGCCGGGGGAAAGCCCCGCUCGUGGUGCCCCUCGGCGCCCUGGCGCGUCUGGGGUCUUGCACCCUCGAGAAGGACGCCCUGACGCAGCAGGGGCGACCGGCGGACGACUGCGCGGAGUCAGCGCUCAUCAGCGAACUUGGAGACAGGGAGGACAGCCGUCUGCUCUCCCUCGCGGCCGGUCCUCAGAGUCCGCAUAGUCCGCCAGGCCUCGAUCUCCCCACCCCUGGGCGACUGGCGCUCGGCCCCGACGCCUGCAAGGCUGUGGAGUCCGAAGUCGCAUGCAAACCCGCGGCCUGUCCUCAGCGACGCCUCUCCGGAACUGCGUCUCUUGAGGCUCACGGCGACCAUUUCCAGCCGCAGCGCGACCGAGAGGACUCCUCACGUUCCUCCGACCUCCGAGAAGCAGCUUCACGCCCGCAGACUCCAGGAGUGCAGCGUCCAAGCUUCGAGACAGACGAGUCCGCGGCUCUGAUUGGCGGCGCGCCGCGGAGGGGCCCAACGUGUCUUCUGCCGCUUGGUGCCUCGCCCGAGAGUCUCCGAGAAUUUCAAAAGCCUGUCCUGCCGCUGGCGCCCCUCGAGCGCGGGAAGGCUGCGCCGGGGCUCCUGCUGCUCCCGAACGCUGCCUGCGAAGAGCCUGCAGACGUGGACCUCAUGCACCGACGCGUGGAGCUCGCAGCGGCGGCGAUUCAACGCGCAGCCGAGGAGGCAAAGAAGGCCGCCCGCGAGGCCCUCGCGAAGGCCGCAGCAAUGGAGGCGGCCUCGCGCGCCGCGGCUGCAGCCAGAGACGCCGCCGCACUGGCUGUCCAGAGGGCUCUCAGCGAGCAGAAGCUGUUUACGGAGUAUCCCGACCUUGCGCGGAACAUCCACGAGGAUUUUGAUCUUUUCUGCACCUCUUCUGCUCUCUUUGGAACCGCCAGUUCUUGUCUGGAGCUCGACGAGAGCAGCGAGCAAAGUGCUGUCGCGGGAGACGGGGAGGGCGCGGGCUCCCGGGAGCACAGCGAACAACCUUCUGGGGUUAUGAGCGCCAAGGAAGACAAGGAGAGGGCGCGGUGGCUGCUGGAGAGGAAGAGGAAGUGUGGAGACUUGUCAGAGAGAGAAGCAACGGAGAUGUCGACCCAGGCGUGCACAGAGACGCUGUCUGAGCAAAGUUCUCAGGAGAGCGCUAUCGCGGGAGGCACCGAGUUCGGCAGCAACGAGUUCGGCGGCAACACAUGCACCCGAGAGGACCUCCAGGGUGGGUUCGAGGCGACGGGAGGGAUUGCCGGGGGUCUCAGGACAGAAAAGACUUUCCCUGGGGCUGAGGCAGGAGCGAAAGUGGAGGGGCAGGCUGCGCGGAGACGGCCGACGCGGAUGGGGAAGCACCUCGUCUUGGGCGAGGGGCGCCUUGGCAAAGUCAUCCUGGCGGAGGAGAGAGAAACGCGACGACCCGCGGCAGUGAAGAUGAUCGACAAACGCAUGCUGCGCGGCGCAAACGUGGACCAGCAGAACUUCCGACAAGAGGUUGAGGUGCACAGGCGCCUUCCGGCUCAUCGAAACAUCGUGGGCAUGCGCGACGUGUAUGAAGACCGAGACACGCUGUACAUGGUGAUGGAGCUCUGCGAUCGCGCGAACCUGCUGGAUAAAAUCGUCGAGGAGGGCCCGCUGGAGGAGGACCUCGCGCGGAAAAUCUUUCUCCAGAUCCUCGCCGCGGUGAUGCACUGCCACCAACACAACAUCGUCCACCGGGACUUGAAGCCGGAAAACAUUUUAUUUGUGCUGCCGAGUUCCCGCGAGGAGGCGCCCAAUCUUGCCUGUACCUGCUGCGGCUCUCACGCUUCGCUAGAGAGACACUUGAAGAGCCACGAGGCGUGUGGCGACUGGAGAGACACUCCCCGCGGCGAGCUGAGUCCGUCGCUGAAGUCGACGCCCUUCUGCUCGCCGGCGCUGCCCCCUGCCCUGCCCGCGGGUCCACGGCGCGGGCCCGGGUCUCCCGGCUUGGAGCCCAAGGCGGUCGCGGCGUGUGGGGACUGUCUCUGCGACUGGAGCCUCGAAGGCCCGCGGGGCGAACCGCAGCCCUGCGCCUGUGCGCGCAAGUCGCCGCUCUGGAACGCCACGGUGAAGCUCACGGAUUUCGGGGCUGCCUGUGCGUCGGCGAAGGGCGAGCUCCUGGGCACCGCGUGUGGAACGGUUCACUAUCUGGCGCCCGAGGUGUUGAUGGGGAACUACUACGACGGCUUCGCAAGCGACGCAUGGAGUCUUGGUGUCGUUCUUUUCACGAUGCUCGCCGCAGCUCCGCCUUUCAACGGCCCGACGCAUGCAGAGCUCACUCGGCAAAUCACACGAGGCGAGUACCACAUGACGGGGCGAGCGUGGUGGCGUGUCUCCUCGGAGGCGAAGGACUUGAUUCGUCGGCUGCUGGUGGUACGACCCCAGCACCGGCUCCGCGUGGAGGAUGUAGUGCACCAUCCGUGGGUGGUGCGAGCGGCGCCUGCUGCCCUUCCGUCUUUUUUCCUCGACAAUCCACACUGUCUCGCCUCGCUGGCGGCGGCCGUCCAGGCGACGCCCAGCCCGAGUUUCGCCUGCACUUCUGCCUCGUGCUGUCUGCAUGCGCAUGCACAGCAAGUCCUGGGAGGCCCCUGCCUCUGAGAGGCCUGGUGCGGGUCGAGCUGGGAAGUUGAUGCUCGAGGAAGACGGGCCUGGACUUCGAUUGGCAAGUUUUCAGGCUCGAUGACUUUCUA